AUGUCUGGACACAAUCUUCACAUCGCGCUUUUGCGACCUCCCAUCAUCCAGAUUCUACGAGCUCAGGGCUUUCACUCUACGCGACCAUCUGUUCUGGAAUCUCUUGCAGACCUGACCGGACGGUACUUGAUGAUUCUCGCUUCGGCCACAGCCUCUCACGCCGCGAACGCGCACCCCGAAGAUCCAUCGCCUGUCCUUGAAGAUGUUUACCAAGCACUACAGGACGCUGGCGCUCUCCGACCACAACUACGAGAAUGGGAAGAAGACUGGGACAAUGAAGAAGACCUGCGCGGCCUGGAGUCGCUUCUUGGGUGGAUCACCGGACCUGCACACCGUGAGAUCCGUCGCAUUGCAGGAUUUGUUCCCAGCGAAGGCGACAUGGUCGACCCCGAUGCAAUCCAGAAGGAGGAUUAUUUGACAGCUCUGAAGAAGAAGCACAGCAAAACUGGCGAAGAGUCACGAUACGCUGGUACGGUGCUAGGAAAGAGUGGAGAGGAACACCCUGUUAUCCUAGAGGGCGGCGCUCCCAGUAUCCGUGAAUGGGGGGCUCAAGUCCGAUCGCGUGUGCCACCUAGCCCUGGCAGCGAUACAUCCGGCGUCAGCAGUGCGCCAAGCCAUUUGUCAGACGAAGAUGCCAUGGAAAUGUGA